AUGACCAAAACGGCCGCAACGCAGCAGUCGCUCACCGUCGUCGACAACCGCACCGGCCGGACCUACGAGCUCCCCAUCACACACAACUCGGUCCUGGCCACCGACAUCAAGAAGAUCAAGGCCCCCGCCUCCCGCAAUGACCGCCCCGAGGACGAGACCAGCCAGGGCCUGCGGGUCUUUGACCCGGCGUACAUGAACACGGCCGUCGUGCCCAGCAAAAUCACCUACAUCAACGGCCAGGACGGCAUCCUGCGCUACCGCGGCUACCCGAUCGAGCAGCUCGUCCGCAGGAGCAGCUUCCUCGAGACGGCCUUCCUCCUCAUCUACGGCGACCUGCCCACGGCGCCGCAGUACCGCCGCUGGCAGGACGAGAUCAUGAGCCACACCUACAUCCACAGCGACAUCGAGGGCAUGUUCAAGUCGUUCCGCUACGACUCGCACCCCAUGUCCAUGAUGACGUCUGCGUUUGCCACCCUCGGCGCCUUCGCCCCCGAGGCCAACCCUUCGCUGCAGGGCCAGAAGCUCUACACCGGCGCGGCCUCGGGCGACCCCGCCGCGCUGCAGGUCCUCGACAAGCAGAUCCUGCGCAUCCUCGGCAAGGCGCCCACCCUGGCCGCCGCGUCGUACCGCAUGCGCCAGGGCCGGCCGUUCAACCGGCCCGCCCAGGGGCUCUCCUACACGGCCAACUUCCUGUACCUGCUGGACAACCUCUCCGGGCGCCAGUACCAGCCGCAUCCCGCUCUCGAGAGGGCCCUCGACGCCCUGUUCAUCAUCCACGCCGACCACGAGGUCAACUGCUCCACCGCGACCGUCCUCCAGGUCGGCAGCUCGCUGGUGGAUCCGUACAGCGCCGUGGCCGCCGGCUGCGCCGCGCUGUACGGCCCUUCUCACGGCGGCGCCUCCGAGAGCGCCAUCCGCAUGCUCAUGGAGAUUGGGUCCCCCGAGAACGUGCCCGCCUUUAUGCAAAUGGUCGAGAGGCGGGAGCGCGUCCUGGUCGGCUUCGGGCACCGCGUCUACAAGAACGUCGAUCCGCGCUCCAAGGCCAUUCGGCAGCUUGCCGAUGAGGUGUUCCGGGUCACGGGCCGGAACAAGCUCCUCGACACGGCGCUGGCGCUGGCAAAGUAUGCUGGAGAGAGCGACUUUAUGCGCUCCCGGAACCUGUAUCCCAACGUCGACUUCUACUCGGGUUUGAUCUAUCAAGCCAUGGGGUUCCCGCUAGACUUUUACCCCGUCCUGUUCGCUGUUCCCCGAUGCGUCGGCUGGCUCGCUCACUGGCGACAGCAGAUGCUCACCCCGUCCGGCGUCAAGAUCUGGAGACCAAGACAGCUGUACCUCGGCGAAGGGGAACGAGACUACGUCGACGUGGAGGCAAGACAACCCAAGCGCGAUGCCAGCGUCUUCGAUGCACCUGGUCAGGUGAGCCACGGUGGAGACAGCAAGAGGAACCAGCUCGCCACGUACGAGAACGAAAGGGGCGAGCUUGUCAAACCGAAGCUGUGA